CACUGGUUUGAGCUUGAACGUGCCCCUGGUAUUUUAGUGAGUCAGAGCGUCUGCGUCAUUUAAAAGCCCUUCUGCCGUAAAGCUCCAAAUAGCUGCGCGCAUGCGCGCUCUGUAGACUGCGGCCGACUGCCUGCAGCACCCGUUUACGGGAGUUUACGGUAGUUUGUGUUGCGCUUGAGUGCAGGAGGCAUGGAGGCGAUCCUGAGCUGCAGAAGGGAGGAUUUGGAGGAUUAUUACGGGCUGCUCGGCUGCGAUGAACUCUCAACGACUGAACAGAUUGUCAAUGAGUUUAAAGUGAGAGCUCUGGCCUGCCAUCCUGACAAACACCCAGACAACCCCAAAGCAGUGGAGGACUUCCAGAAGUUACAGGAAGCUAAAGAGGUUCUCACAGAUGAGAAGAAAAGAAAGAAUUACGAUCUCUGGCUCCGAAGUCGAAUUGUAAUCCCGUUCAGUGAGUGGCGAGCGCUCAGUGACUCCGUUAAAACAUCAAUGCAUUGGGCUGUGAGGACCAAGAAAGAGCCGAUGCUUGAGGCUGCAAAAGAUCCAGAUCCAGUGAGUCUGGAGGAGAAACCGUCUGAACCGUCACUGCCAUCCAGUGAUCAUUGGCACCACAGGUUUCGCUGGGCUGGUGAAGCUCCCUCGGGCCUUUUACAGAAGUUCAGGAACUAUGAAAUAUAAAUGCAUAUUUUCUGUUGCUCUAUAUGCUUUUGUGUGUAAGUGCAUGUAUUCCAUAUAUAGAGUAAAGAAUCAGAACUGACCAAUCAUUCACUAUGCUUCACCAUUUCUGGCAUAACAUUGACUUUGUCUGUCUGUCUGUUUUGUAGGAUGUUAAUAUUAAUGUUCAGCAGUGACGCUUCGCAUGCCUUAAAUGUCCAAUCAGAAUAGUUUUCCUGAAAUAUGAGUAAAACAUGUUUUCAAGCCUGCAGAUUUGCACAAGCAGUGAUUAUAAAGUUUAUUUUAAUUCAUAUGUGUCAUUCAUAAUUUACUGAACGAAUAUAUCGCUAAUUAAAUCAUAUAUAUUAAUAGAAAAUUGCAUUCAAUUAAUAAAUGUAACUACAUAUAAGC